AUCAAGAUCAAGCUUUCAUCCAAACAGCAACACAUCAGUCUCUGUUGGGGAACCAUGAAGACGCUGCCGACUCUCAUACUUCUGGCUCUGAUCUGCUUCUUGCAUCACAGCUCUGCAGGUCUGUUUGCUCCAGAGUUUAUCUCUGCCGAACCAUGCUGUCCAAGCUUCAAUCGAAGGAAAAUUCCUAAGCAAAGGGUGAAACAUGUGGCGAAUACAUCAAAUAGCUGUAAAACCAAAGCGAUUGUAGUCACAACUGUGUGUGAUAAGAAGUCUUGUCUUGAUCCCGAAUGGAGAUGGGCGAAGAAACUGUUGGCAGAGUUUGAGAAGGCAACUGUUUACAGCAAGUCACCUUCUGCCCCUUUCAACACGUCCUGGUGUGAAAGACCAAAGAACUAGUAGUAAUCCAGUGUGUGAAUGCUGUUCCUUUGUCCGUUAUUACAUGUAAUUAUGUAUUAUAUUUAUUUUUCAUAUUAUUGUUUAAUUGGCUGUAUCAAUGAUGAUUACUCAGAAAAGUAUCUUUGUGCGUGAAAGCAAACUUUAUCUGACAUUUUAACUGUGAAUGUUUUGGAGCUCAAUGUUUUUCUAUGCAUUGAGACAGAACUCAAAGGGUAUUUAAUAUAAUAUAAUACAAUAACUUCAUGUACAUUAUACUAUUUUAAAAGGGGGGAAUGAACCGCUACACCUUCCAUGUGAAUACACCUCCUUCUACGCAAAUACAAAAGUCA